UUCAACGUUCAUUGGUGCCUCUUGAACAUCCUUAAUAUCUUUCACCGACACUCUUCAUUUGCAUCCCAUUUAUCCUAUCACAAUUUCCCUACUUUUCUGUUCCCCACUUGUCCCCUUUUCUGCUCGGACGACUUGUUCAAGUAAGUAACAGAUAUGCCUGUACCAACUCCAUCUUCUGUGUCUGCCUUCAUAGCCUCCAAGCCUAGCAUCACGAAAACGCAUGGCCACUCGCAUGCAAAGAAAACAAGGAUUGUCAGGAGGCGAGGAAGAGCUAUGAACAGUGACGACGAGAUUGUGAGAGAGGUUGGAACAGACUCAGAAUCGGAAAACGGCGCAGCAUCCAGCGACGACUCGUCUGAUUCAGACACUGAACAAAUAUCUGAUGAUGACUCUGGUCACAGACGUCCCCGAGUUGGCACCCCUAAUACGAGCGAAAGUCCAACCAAUGGAAUACCCGCAGAAAAAGAGCCAAGUACAUCCUUUUUUGUGCCUUCGGGGAACUGGUCGGAAAUGGUGGCAGAAGAGAACAAUAAUGGGCCUGCAGACCUCCCGGUUAUUGAUUUCACAGAGUUCAAUGGCAACACUUCGGCAUCAAAACCGACUCGGCAGCGGAAAGCAAAGAAAGCCGCACCGAAAGCGAGGCAGGGCUCCGAAGCUACUUCUCUUCCAUCUCCCCCACUGUCCGUCAGUGAGUAUCACGAGGAAGAGUCCGGAGAAGAGCCUCCUCCGUCUGCCUCUUCGACACGCCCAGCUCACCGUAGUGUAUUUAUUCGGCGUCCCCCUGGACAGACUGCCCGUCAGGCCUAUCAAAGCAGGCUGGAAUCGGAUCCGUCGUAUGUUCCGACGGUAGGAGAGUUCUGGGGCCACGAUGACAGGCUUUUGGAUAAGGACUUGCGCAGUUUGAGUGGAUGGUGGCGUGGUCGGUGGCAAGGUCGGGGUAGGGGGCGGGGUUUCGAUCGGAGUUUUGCGAUGCGUGGUCGGGGCGGUUUCAUGGGACGAAACGCGUUUCCUCAUCAAGAUUCCGUCCAGGAGGAUGAAGAAGCGGAAGUCCUUGAUGUCGCGCGUGUUGAACAGGCGUGGACGCACGAUGGAUUUGAAGAGAUGAAACGCAGCGACGAGGCUCGUCGGUCAGCUCAGCAACAACAGUCUCAUCCAUUCCGCGGAGUCGGCCGUGUCGGUGGAGGGGCGCCUACUCGGGAGCGGGGCGGCUUUGCUCGUGCUGCAGGUUCCAGCGCGCCGCCUGCCCUGUCCGCCAAUGCACCUUUGAUGUCCUCUGGUCGUAUCUGGUAUCCAAUGAAGCCUGAGCUUGCGUGGACAAAGCAGCAUGAAGGCUUCCUCUAUACCGAUGUAAGCAUGAAGCCGCGCCGCGGUCGCGGUGCAGGAUACAGAGUUAGAAUACCCGGAAGUCGUGGACAGAUCGUCAGAACACCACUGACGUUAACCGAGGAACUGCCGAUUCCAACGCCCUCUGGCACUGCAACCACCAGCGUGCUAGGUUCGGAGUACGGAGAGAAAACCGUCGUCGUUCGCCUACCCUCUGUAGAGAAGUCGAAGGCGGUUUCAGGCAAGUCUGAUGUGGAGGAUAUUGUUACCAAGGUUAACGAUCUUUCCAUUGAAGAUAUAUUCACCGUUAGGCCGCAACUUGUUACGGCGAAGCCCAUACCUCUACCUGAACAACCGUCCUCCAGAGCUCGUUCUAGUACUCUGCAAUCACAAUCCACGCCAUCACUGGCAGUUCAGCAGAAGCUCGAGCAGUUGUUAAUACAAACUCCGCCUGAGUCAACUAGAUGGUCUCAGACAGAGGGUGCUGUUUUGCGUAAUUCGUCAUCUAAUGGCUCUCAAGAACAACAGCAGCAGUCUUCAUCUUCCAUGGGCGACGCCCGAUCUUCCUUGGCUCCUGUUCCAACCGCUUUUCCUUCAACUCUUUCACAGCCUUCCCCUGCAUACGUUUCUCCUUAUCACUAUGGUGUUCCGCUACCACCCGGUGUCGCUGUGAAUCCUGUCGGUAUGCCCUACGAGGUUGCUACUGGUCGUCCAGUCUAUCUGCGGCCCCCGCCUAUGUACAACCCUCGUCCAAUGAUGCCUCAGUUGGCCGCUACUAGUGCUCCGUUCGUGCCUGGACACCUGCAUCAUCAGUCAACGGCUUCUACCGACUACUCUUCCCACACACCCGUCAAUGGCUUCAUUGAUCCAGCUACUGGCAUGCCCAUAUUCUCCUUUGCCCCUCCAUCUUCUCGGAUUGAAAUACGUGCACCCGGGGAAGGAGAUCCUGGCAAGGCCUCGGGUAAGGAACGUGCCUCGUCAGGGUUAAGAUCCGCGGCUGCUACCUUUGAGCCAAUCCGACCUGCGGAGGGUACAGAACCACAAUAUUCUGAGGGGUCAGGUAUUCCCUUGUAUACUUCUGAGGAAGGCACGGAGAAUGGGACUGCUCCGGUGGAACAAGUUGGUAUGAUGUACGCGCCUUAUGGGCAGUACUAUUAUCCCGAGACGUACGGAUAUAUGCCGUACAUGGAAAUGUCGCGGGUACCACAGUACGAGAUGUACAAUGAGCACAUUCCUCAAGGGACCGUUUACUAUUAAUCGCACUUCUUCCUAUCUCUUCUCAUUUUGCACACUAUCUGUCCUCUCCUUUUUCGUCAUCACAUACGCCAUGUCCAAGUCUACGAUCAAUCCCUCAUUAUCUUGCAUGUUUUCGUCCACGCUUUCACCAGACUUUGGGGGGGGGCUCCCUCUCAUUAUACAUACGUAUAUAAGCAUACCUUGCAAAUCUUACUCGUUUAAACCGCCGUAGUAUGUCAUCUCUUUAUUUGUAGUUUCUUGUUUUCGUUAUGUGACGCAUACGCUUCUAUGCAAAUAUCAUUUUUUUUGGUUUCAGACAACAAAAAGUUACAAGUACCUGACUCGCCAUUUGUUG